AUGAGCGCCGUCGCAAACGAUCCUCAGGGUGAUGCUACCGAUGCCCCCAUCCAGGAGCCAGAGAGAAAAAAGAGGCAGUAUAAGGAUUUUGGCCAGGACGACGAGAAAGCAACUUACGUCAAGGUCGAUAUGUCCACGAUCGAACUAAAGGCAGAGGAUUUGUACGACAAGGAAAAAGUUGACUUGGAAACUAUCGUUAUCAACAAUGUCUUCAAGCUCUUGCAGUGCACUGCAGAGGGGUUGAACCAUGAGGAGGCUCAACGACGACUCAAGCUAUUUGGCCCCAACAAACUGGAAUCUGAGGAACAGAAUCCAUUCCUUCAGUUCUUGAGUUUUAUGUGGAACCCCCUGUCAUGGGUGAUGGAAGCCGCCGCACUCGUCGCUAUCGUACUUUCAAACAGUCAGGCCAAACCCCCUGACUGGCCUGAUUUUGUCGGUAUUGUUCUCUUGCUAUUCAUCAACUCUGCCAUUGGUUUCUAUGAAGAACAUAAUGCUGGAAAUGCCAUCAAGGCUCUUAUGGACUCCUUGGCACCUAAAGCCAAGGUUAGAUGCGACGGCCAAUGGUCAGAAAUCGAAUCGUCCAUUCUCGUCCCUGGGGAUAUGGUGUCAUUCAAAAUCAGUGAUAUCAUCCCAGCCGAUUGCCGUCCGACGGAGGCCAUCAAUGUUUCUAUUGAUCAGGCCGCUUUGAUGGGUGAGUCACUGCCUCAGUCCAAGAAAAUGGGUGACCAGUGCUUUUUGGGAUCCACGUGCAAGCAGGGUGAAGCUGAGGGAGUGGUUAUCUCCACUGGCCCCAACACCUUCUUUGGUCGUGCUGCCUCGCUCGUAGGCCAGGAUGAUGACACCACUGGUCACUUGCAGAAGAUUUUGGCUCAAAUUGGAUCUUUCUGUCGUGUCACCAUUGGUGUCUUCAUCAUUGCAGAAAUCUUUGUCUUGUACGCUGGCUUCAGGUACAGGUACCGUGAUGGUCUUGACAACAUCCUUGUUCUUCUCAUCAGUGGUAUCCCCAUUGCCAUGCCCACCGUCCUCUCAGUCACCCUCGCCGUCAGUGCUCAGCAAUUAGCCAAGUACAAGGCCAUUGUUACAUGCAUCACCACCAUUGAAGAGUUGGCCGGUGUUACUAUCCUGUGCUCUGAUAAGACCGGAACUUUGACCACCAACAAGCUCACCAUUGACCGCAACACUAUACAGACAUACAGCCCCUUCUCUGUGGAGGAUGUUAUACUCCUUUCCCUCACCAUCGACCGCAACACUAUACAGACAUACGGCCCCUUCUCUGCGGAGGAUGUUAUACUCAUUUCCGCUUACGCCUCACGUGUGGAGAAUCAGGACGCCAUUGACACAUCCGUUGUUCAAGCGCUCAGAGAUACAGCCCGUGCUUGUGCCGGAAUCAAACUGCUUGACUUCAAGCUGUUCAACCCCAUUGACAAGUGUACCGAGAUCACAUACCGUGAAGAGUCGACAGGCAAACUUAAGUGUGUCACCAAGGGUAUGACAGCCAUCAUCAUCGAACUUUGCAUGCACAACAAGACCAAGGAGCUGGAGGAGAGGUUGGAGAAGGACGUAGAAGACUUUGCUAUCCAUGGUCUCCGUGCCCUGGCCCUCGCUUACAAGGAAUUGGACGGUGAUGAUCAUGAGGCUGAGGGUAACAGGUUUGAGCUGAUUGGUCUCCUGGCUAUCUUUGAUCCUCCCCAUGGUGAUACUAAGCAAACCAUUGAUGAUGCACUGGCUCUUGGUGUUCGCAUCAAAAUGGUCACUGGUGAUCAACUUGCUAUCGCCAAAGAAACCGGCCGCCGUCUUGGGUUGGGAGACCACAUGUACCCUGCGAAGGUGUUGAAGGACGGCCCAGCCCCCGGAAGCAAGUUCAGCAACCUUGAUGAGAUGAUUGUGGAUGCUGAUGGGUUCGCUGGGGUGUUCCCUGAGCACAAGUACGAAAUUGUCAAGCGGUUACAAGGGCUUGGGCAUUUGUGUGCGAUGACGGGUGAUGGUGCCAACGACGCCCCUGCUCUGUCUCGUGCCAAUGUCGGUAUCGCUGUGGAAGGUGCAACGGAUGCUGCUCGUGGUGCUGCUGAUAUCGUGCUCACUGAACCGGGUCUUUCCACCAUCGUCCACGCCAUCCGCCAAUCCCAUAUUAUCUUCCAAUGUAUGAGGAACUACUCGAUCUACGCAUGCGCCAUCACCAUCCGUAUUGUUGUGUGUUUCGCCAUCCUGUCAUUUGUAUACAAGUUCAACUUCCCGCCGUUUAUGAUUCUGAUCAUUGCACUCCUCAAUGAUGGGACUAUCAUGACACUUUCGGUUGAUCGUGUGCUUCCUUCUCUGAUGCCGGAUAGUUGGGAUUUGGUUGAGAUUUUCUCGUACGCUUUUGCUUAUGGUAUUUACCUCACUGCGUCCACCAUUGCCCUCGUCUGCAUCAUCAUCGAGACCAACUUCUUCCAAGACAAGUUUGGUGUCUCCCUCGACACCGCACCUCCUAUCUCGCACAACAACCCCAAGCUGCACAUGAUUGUCUACCUUCAAGUUGCUAUCAUCUCACAAGCCCUCAUCUUCGUCACCCGUUCGCAUGGUUUCUUCUUCAUGGAGCGGCCCUCUACAGCACUCAAGGGUGCGUUCUGCUUUGCCCAAUUCAUCUCAUCCAUCAUUGCUGCGUACGGUGACAUGGGCUUCACUAAGAUCAAGGCUAUCUCUGGUGGUUGGAUCGGCAUUGUUUGGAUCUGGGUGGAACAUCAUCUGGUUCAUCCCUCUGACUGGGUUAAAUUUGGAAUGAAAGCCACCGUUAUCAAGGCUAUCUGCAAGUGUCGUGAGCACAUUGCCCAAGAAGUGGCUGCCACCGGCGUCCCACUCACCCGCACCCAAUCGCAUGCUGCGUCCAUCCACGAAUCGCUCUACUCGAAUUGUGUGUCAUUCAUCAAGCGUGCGGCAUGUAAAGUGGGCUUUGGCGGAAAGAUCUCGGCAAAGCCUGAGGAGCUGCACCGAUUCAGCUCUAUUCAAGCCCAGAGAGUUGGCCAGACGCUCGCGAGGAAUCCGAGUAGGAUUGGUGGGACGGCCCCUGUAUAG